AUGAAGUACUCUUUCGCUAUUGCUGCCCUCGCCGCCGCCGUCUCGGCUCAGUCCCUCGGCGACGUUCCCAAGUGCGCUAUUCCUUGCCUUGACGAUGCUAUCGCCAGCAAGACCAAGUGUGACAAGACCGAUCUCACCUGUGUCUGCAAGAACUUCGACGAUGUCCGAAGCGCCGCUACCUCUUGUGUGAUCACCAAGUGUGGUUCCGACGUUGCCAUCAACGAGGUUCUCCCUGCUACUGAGAAGCUCUGCGACAACCCUGCUGCUGGCAGCGGCUCCGAGGAGUCCUCCAAGGCUGACACCACCAAGGUCGAGACCUCCACCAAGGUCGUCAUCACCACCAGCGCCGUUGCCGUCGAGACCACUGCCGUUGAGACCACUGCCGCCGAGGCCACCACUGUCCCUCCUGUCGUUGAGAGCAAGACCACCGCUGUUCCCCCCGUCAUCGAGACUCCCACCACCAAGUCCGAGGCUGCCGGCAGUGCCACCAGCACUCCCGCUCCCUCAGGCGUUGGCGAGAACAGCGCUGCUGGCCUCAAGGGUCUCGGUGCCAUGGCCAUGGCUGCCCUCAUGGCCCUUGCUCUGUAA